UGCACCUGACAAUGGUCACGCCCACACCUUAUGGGGCGGGGUCUGCACAAUCCUCAGCAAGCAUCAGCUGUUUCCGUAGCAGUCCUGAUGCAGACGUCACACUGAGCUUUGGCAGGCCAUUCCAGAUCGGUCUGGGAGGAUCUACAAUACAAACAUCUACCACCCUCCCUACUGGCAGUACACCAUCAGUAAAUGGACAAAUAGUCACACAGGAUCUGACCACCAGUAUUGAUGCCACUGGGCUGUUUUAUUGUGAAGGUUCCAAUAGAGGGCUAACAACCAGGGUAUACAGCAUCAUCCACAGUGUGAACAGGAGGUUUGAGCCUGUUGAUGGCCUGGUGACAAAGACGAUCAACAAAGAAGAGGAUGUGACUCUCUCAGUCAUCACAGUAAAUUCCGGUGGCUCUCCUCUGUGGCAUCGUAUAAGAAAUGGAACUGUUACUUCAAAUUUCCCAAAUUUCAAUCAGGCUAGUUUCACACUGCCUUCUACUGACGCUGUUGAUGGGGAUCUGUAUACUGUGGUCGGAUCUGUUGUUACUCUCACUGACAAUCAUUUCAGUAUGAUCAGACUCAUCGUCAGAGGCUGUGCUGCUGGCAAGUGGGGUCCUCCUGACUGUGCAGGGGUGUGUGAUUUGUGCUACAUUGGAGGAGUGUGUAAUGAUGAGACAGGAGAUUGCAUCUGCCCACCAGGAUUCAGUGGACCAAACUGCCUCACAGCCUGUGGUAUGCACAGAUUUGGCUGGGAAUGCGAGUUUCAGUGUGGACCAGGUAACUCCAUCCAGAGUUGUGUAGGGAGCCAGUUUGGUCUGCCAGACCCGUACGGGAACAGCUGCAUCUCGGGAUACUGUGGCAGAGACUGCAAUGUCGUUUGUCCCUCCGGAACAUUUGGUGCUGGAUGUACCCAGACCUGCCGCUGUCAGGCAGUAGGUGCCGCUUGUGAUAGAUUCACUGGAGCAUGUACACCAAGUGGAUGUCAAGCUGGUUGGUCUGGCACAAGCUGCCAAAUAUCAGGUACAUGUCCGCCUGGCAAGUUUGGACUAGACUGUCUUAGCGAUUGUCACUGUGCUAACAACGCUGCCUGCGAGAGAGACAGUGGUUACUGCAGUGAAUCGAAUGGAGUCUGUGCUGAUGGAUUCAAGUCAGAUAUGAAUGCCAACAACUGCCAGACAGGUAUCAUUGAAUUUCAAAUGUUGGCGAUGCCCAACCAAGGCCAAGAUGUGGCAUUCAGUUGUGCAGCUACAUCAGGGGACACUCUUUCGGCAGACUCAAUCGUCGUAGCAUCAGGAAGCUCAUCGUUCCCACGAACAGGGACUGUGACUGAAGGCAUGGUGCUGAACAACACGUUCACUGGAUCUGGACUGAUUAACAACCAGUUGGUCGUCUGCUAUCUUACUCAUAACAGCCAAAGUGUGUUGACCACUUUGAGUGCAUCCUUUUUUGUUCCCCCAUCCCUCAGCCAGUCUCCUGCAGUAGUUGCUGGGCCAGGAUCAGUGACUGUCAGCUGGCAGGCAUGGGACUCACACAUGAAUGACUUCGGAGAUGGACCAAUCAUCAGAUACAUCAUUAACUACAUGAGUUCAACUAGUGCAUCAUGGACAAUGGCUGAUGAGAUACCAGUCACAGACCAGUCACAGGCUGCAUAUAGCUUUGUAGUCCAACCGCUGGAACCAAGCACUCAAUACCAGUUCAGCGUGGCUGCUGUAAGAGAUGGACCAGGAGGUCAAGGGCCUUUCAGUCCUGCAUCACAGUCGAUUUAUCCUCUAACACCGCCUCCUCCAACAACGCCUCCUCCAACUACUGAAGGCCCCACAGUCGCAGAAUCUUCAACACUUCCAGCACCACCCAUCACCACCUUACCUGCACCCACUGCUUCAGUAGUAGUUACAGGAAGUUCAUCGACAAUUACUCCACAACCCACCCCAGCUGAUGAGUCAAACACAGUUCUGAUCGCUGUCAUUGUCGUUGCCGUAAUCGUCGUGAUUGUCGUUGCUGUGGUCCUGUGCAUUUAUUGUAUGCGUCGUCGAAGAAGUAGAAGACAACCAGCAAAGCCAACAUCAGCAGGAGUACAGGAAAUGACCGCGUAUGAGAAUCAGAUAUCCCCAGACAAUGGCACCGGGGCAUCAGAUUAUGAGAGGGUUGGUCACGAUCACCCAACAUCGUAUGAAGUAGUGGGUAUUAAUAUGUCACCACCAACCUAUGAGGACGUAGGCUUACCAUCUUGGACACAGCGAUGGAGUGUUCCAUGGGAGGAAAUGAUGGUUGGCAAGAAGGUCUUGGGCGAAGGAAACUUUGGGGAAGUCCGAGACGGAGCAGUGUUGGUUGGGGAAGACAUCUCCAAAGCUGCUAUAAAGACACUGAAAGCAAAUGCCUCUGAAAAUGAUCGGCAGAACUUCAUGGAGGAAUUUCGAACUCUGACCAAAGUUGGACGGCACCCGAACGUGGUCAGUAUUCUUGGUGCUUGUCAACACGAAGACAUUUUGUACGUGGCUUUGGAGUUCAUGCCCAACGGUGAUCUGCGCACCUACCUGAGAAAUGCCCGAUCCCUGGGAGACGAUGAUCAGUCAACUGUGUCUCCUGAGAAGCUGAUUCAGUUUGCUUUGGAUGUUGCCAAAGGAAUGCAACACCUUGAUGCAGUGGGAGUGAUCCAUCGUGAUUUGGCGGCAAGGAACAUCCUCCUUGACAGUCAACUGGUUGCUAAGGUUUCUGAUUUUGGCUUGUCUGGAGGAGAAGAUAUCUAUGUUCAGAUGUCACGGACUCGGGUUCCUACUCGCUGGCUGUCUCUGGAGUCGUUGACUUCCAAGACUUACACAUCAAAGAGUGACGUAUGGUCCUUCGGAAUCCUUCUGUGGGAAAUUGCCACCCUGGGUGCCACUCCUUAUGAAGACACCAAAUCUAAGGACCUUUUGUCGAGGUUGAAGAGUGGAUACCGGAUGCCCAAACCUAGCAGCUGUGAUGAUAAAUUCUACAACCUGAUGCUGCUGUGCUGGCAGGAAGACCCGGCCCACCGACCUCAUUUCAAGAAACUAGUGACUCGUCUGACAAGUAUGGGCGACAGCCAAAAUGAACAUACGUACAUGCGACUGCUGCCAAAAGCUGACAACUACAUGUACUUGAUGAUUCGCCCUGAGCUGGAUGACAACUGAAGGGAGAGACACAUAGCGUUGAGUCUGCUCCAGC